AUUAAAGCUACACUUUCAGACAUUAAUUCACAGAAAGUCAAUUACCUGAUUCAGUUGUCAUAAAUUCAGAGUAACCCCUAAUGAAGUUCCUUAUUUGACACAGUCCAUCGGUAAUAAAUGCACAGUUAUGACUUAUGCACGAAUAACAAAGUCAAAGGUGCUAGUUUUUAGUGUACGAAUAUUUCUUCGAGAAUAACAUAAUGAAACGUUUAACGUUUUAUGUAAGUAAUAACGUUGGUACGAGUAUGUGUUAAUUAAGGUGACCUGAUACAUUUUCAAACUUGAUGAUGCAAAUUGUUUUUAUACCAAAAUGUAAAUAGAAAUGGACUACAAGUUGCCAAGAUUGAUUUCUUUUUACAAUGAUGAUUGUGUGAAGCAAUUAAGCGUUAGCUACAUACUGUGACAUUCAAAUACACAAAUUUUGUCCUAUGGCAUCAUUAUAAAAUGGAACAAUGUGUAAAUAUCAUACAUAUAUAAUAUGUGCAAAAACACAAGAUAUGCGGCUACAAUGUAUUUUGCUAUUUUUAUAGGGUAGUAGAGCAUUAUACGCCUAAAUUUACAAGGUUUAUAUUUAGUAUGGACUUGUUCACCGACUAAACAUUCGAUGGAGAAAGGUGUUCUUAGAUCACUAGAUAAAGGUCAAUUUAAGACAAAAUAAAUUUCAUCCCCUGUUAAUUUCUUUUCUCCCAACUCAGAUAAGUAGAUCCAAUAAUUUAACCAUGCUAGAAAUUCUUAUCGUACUGUCGUCUGUGGCAUCAUGGAAACUUUGUCUUGUGGCAAUAUUUAAAACGCCAAUAAAAUAUUUCUCGCUUCAAAUGUCACCAUAAAACAGUUUUUACGCACCUUUCAAGAAAUAAUGACAACCACGAAUUAUCGCAUAUCCACACGCAAUUAUUUUCACUAAGCACAAAAAAAGUUCCAGCAAAAUAAUGCAUUUUUACUUAAUUUUGUUUAACUGGGGUGGGAAAAAACGCAUCUACCAUAGCCGCUCGUGUAAGAUAGGUUCAUCCCGACCCUCGCGCAGGGUGUUUUACGGAAACUCGGUAAACCUCGUUUCUGCAAAACACCCUACGCUCGGGUCGGAAUGAAUCUAUCUUACAUUCUCAGCCAUGGAAGAUACUUAUAAUCUUAUAAUGUACAUGUACAUAGCCUUUCUUCCGGACGCUUCCCAAUGUUUGUGCCAGUUUCAACCCUUAAGGGGAGACUUCCUAAACGCGUUUGGGCAAGAAAUGAACGCUCUUUCUUCUAGAAGUUCAAGUUAAAAACAAAUUAUUUUUCAAAAUCAGGCUUAAUACUAUCCUAUGUUCUCUGUUUAGACACUUCAGUCUUGGUUGACAUUUCCAACCCGUAUGUUUACAUGCUCAGCAAUUUAAUCGUCCCAUAUGCACCGCCAGUGAUUUGAUUUUUAAGGCUUUGAUUUUAAGCGCCAUCCAACGUUAAAGAUCUGUUGCCAAAUUUAUUGGUCAUCUCAGGUGAGUGGCAUUAUUUGAAGUGAUUUGUUGGUUUUUAAUCGUCUUCACUAAUCGCUGUAGACUUUGUUAAUCCAUUUCCUAAUCCUUAAUCGCUGGUCUGAACAUUAGUAAAUCAAAUUUACAGAUCUGUUAUUGGGAUUUAAUAAUUAAAAAGGUAAGUAAAACCGAUGAUUGUUUUCGAUUUAAUGUAUAUUUUUGUCAAUGUUCAACAACUUUUUUGUCGUUUUUCUUUUUGAAUUCACCUUUCACCAACUGUACGAAAUAUCAUGACAUACAUUGUUGUUCGUGUGACGUUGUUUUAUUAUGAAUUGUAUAAUAGUUACAUACAGUACCCUGUUAUGCAUUAAAUCCUGAAGUCCUGACAUGUUGAACGUAUAUUAUACCACCAAAAUCACACAUAAAAUAAAUAAUGUUGUUUUGUUUUACACAAAAAGGCAACACAAGUGUUUGCAUGCUUGAAAAUGUUGCCAUGUCGAAGUAACUUGUUUACUAGUGCACGUGUAAAUGGGUCGUAAAUAUCGCUCGUAUAAUUCUGGUACCAAAGUUGAUCCAUAUUGUUUUACCAUUUGUAUUCACUUAAAAUACUUGAUAGACAAGUACCAUUGGCAAUGGUCAGACAAUGGUGUACAAGGCCGUUCAAAUUAUGUUUUGUAUAAAUGCGAUCCACAAUGGUUGUUGUUUUGGAAAAUACAACGAAAACGAGUCAUGGUUGACGCAAAAUAAUACACAUGUAGAAUUCCUUUAAUUCCAAAAGAUAGUUCCUUUCCUCAAGCACGAUGGAAGAACCAGACCAAGAAACCAUCGUUCCUAGAAAUGAAGGUCAAGCUACAGACGGAGCAGAUCCAAAUGACCACGGAGCAGGAAUAGAUGACGAAGAGAUUGAUUUUCAUGACGCGGAGCUGGAUCCUGCGUUAAACACGGUCACGUUCGGCGGCGUGGAGAAGUUCUCUGCUCCGAACUCCACUGUUUCAUCAACCCCUGGAGGAGACGGUGGUAUGAGCCCGACCGGUGUGCGGGCGACCAAUGAGAUGAUCGCCAACAACCAGAGCCCCGGAACGUUCAGCAGCAUCCCGGCCACGCCCCAGGAACGCUCCGAUAGCAUGAACAUUAACCCGGAAAAUGUCGUGGGUCGGGAGACGAUACCAAAGCCGUACAUCAACGCCGUUAUUUUGGGUCACCAGGGUAGCGGCAAAUCGACGGUGGCGGGCCGUCUUGUAUAUGAGUGUGAUGGAAUUGACGAGGAGCUUAUGUCCAAGUUUGAGAAAGAUGCGAACGAGGCUGGUAGGCCCAGCUACAAGUACGCAUGGAUUAUGGACAAGUUGAUGGCGGAACGUGAACGUGGGAUUUCCAUAGAUACAAAACUACGGCGAAUAGAGUCACGUAACUAUUACGUUAACGUCAUCGAUGCCCCGGGACAUACCGAUUACUGUCAUAAUUUGAUUACGGGAACUUCACAGGCGGACGUCGCUAUCCUGGUUGUAUCUGCGCGGUGGCCCGAGUAUGAAGAGGGUGUUUCUCGGAGCGGACAGACGCGUGAACACGCCAUGUUAGCGUACGCCAUGGGGGUGAAACAACUGAUCGUCGUCGUCAAUAAGAUGGACGUCACCAAACCGAAAUAUAGCGAGAAGCGGUACAAGUUUGUCGUAGAAAACGUAGAUCGAUUGGUGAAGAAGGCGGGCUUCGAACCAGAGACCGUCAUCUACUUACCCGUGUCCGGCUGGAUGGGAGAUAACCUCGUCAAGAGGAGCGAGAACCUAGCGUGGUUUAAGCAAUGGCAGAUAGAGCGGAAAUCAGGCGGCGCCAGCGGUCGGUCGCUGUUGGAUGCUCUGGACGCCAUGGAGCGGCCUGCUCGCAUGGACAGGUACCCUCUCCGCAUAGCCGUGCACAGCGUCUACAAACUAGGAACUUCAGGUAUAGUGGUGGCGGGAAAGAUUCACUGUGGUUUCGUGAAACCGGGCAUGUCAAUCACGUUGGGGCCGCCCGACAUAAAAGCAAAGGUCAAGGCCGUUCAACUGCACCACGACGCCGUGACAGAGGCCUACCAGGGGGAGAAUGUCGGGCUACAGAUUGAGGGUUUGGACGUUAAAGACGUCCGCAAGGGAUACGUGGUCGGAGAGAGCAGCCGCGACCCGCCUAAAAUGACCACGCUUUUUACCGCACAGAUUUUGAUUCUCAACCAUAAGGGUGCCAUCAAAAAGGGCUUUACACCCAUGCUGCAUUGCCACACCGGAUGUGUACCCGUGCGAUUUGCGGAGCUGCGUGAACGCUGUGACCGGAAGUCAGGCGCCAAGGAGGAGUACGCCCCGACCGAACUUUUCACUGGGGACGCCUGUGUCGUAGAUCUGGCACCUGUGAAACCGCUAUGUAUCGAGUCCUUCUUCGACUACCCAACAUUGGGUAGGUUUGUCAUCCGUGACACACACCAUACCAUUGGCGUCGGCGUAUGCGUCAACAUCCCUGGCCGCGAGCCACCGCAAACCGACGACGACAAGUGGGCCGUCGGCACCGUUCCGUUCGUCCGACGACCGCAGACGACUGGGGGCCGCAGUGUGUCGUUUAGUAUACCGCAACCCGACGAGUUUGACAAACCCUCAAAGAGGUUUUCUCUUGUUGAUGAAGCUACCUUCAGAACACAGUCUGGCAGACUGGAAACCGAGUUGUGAUAAUAAUAUCGGGUCAUCUUACCAACGCUCGUACGAUCAAGAAUUCUAUUCAGGUUUAUCAUUUUAGAGUCACGAAAUGAAUUAAAAAAAUUGUUUGAAAAAUCGAAUGAACAAUGUAUGUAACUGGAAAGUACAACUAUAACUUUUGAAAUAGAUCGUUCAACACAGUAACAUCGAUUUAAAGAACUGAGCGUACGGUACAAUCGUGUAGAGCGAUGUUUUGCCCCGGCCAGUCCUCUAUGAAGUACUUUCACAGUUCAGAAAAUGAAACAAACUGGUAUAAUUAAAUAACGAUGUGAUAAUGUUUUUCUUUAGUGAUGCUAUACCUUCAAAACGUACUCCUGAAAACUAUAGAGAUGUGUAAUACUAUGUAAAUAAAUACGUGUUUGGUUGUUGUAGUUUGUGAUUUUUGAUGUUGAACUUUAAUACUACUUUCACAUGCGUUAACAAACAUUGCAACAUAUAUUAGCAAUUCAAUAUUGUG